UGAACUGUUCCCCAGAGAUCAAUAUUGUGCCAGUUUCUGUGGACGACUUUUGGCUGCAGUGCCAGCUGAUGGAGAAAUAUUUCAGACCUUUGCAUCCUCAUCAGGACACCAGCAGCAUCAAGGGUGAUAAGUCUAAAAUGUGUGACCAUCAAGAAAAAGGCCACAAGCAUGGAAAGAUUUCUAACUCCAAAUCUCAACCAAUGAAGCACCAUCACCAAAGCCAAGGCCAUCGUAAUCGUCAAAAGUUACACCAGUCAGAUGACAACGAAAGCAACGACACCCAGUCAACAGCAGAGGACAGCCUUUUCAGUGAUCACCCACCCGACCAUCAACAUCAGCGUGAUGAGGACAAGACUCAUCACUUCUACCAUCGCAAGCAAAACCAUCGCCGUGCUUGUCUUUCAGAAACUCCCCACAGUUCCUCAACUGGUUCCACUUCCUCCUCUUCCUCCCCCUCCUCAACUUCUUCUGCUUCAUCAACACCCUCCACCUCCUCUUCCUCCUCCUCCUCCUCCUCCUCCUCCUCCUUCUCCUCUUCUUUUUCUUCCUCCUCUUCAACAUCUUCCUCUAGCCUGGCCUCUGAGGCCAGCAGUGAGUGUUUAGAUAAAUAUCCACUUAAGAAGCCCCCGCAUUCACUUUCCUGUAAUGACAUUUCCAGGGAAAACAUAUACUUUGAAGAAGAAGACGACACAGCCCCUUUAAUACAUAAAAGAGGUAAUCAAAACAGACUCCCUGCCAAACAGAAUCAGGAGAGAGGGAAGUCCUCUCACAGUCGCUCCACUCGGGGCACCCAGAAGAACACACACAGGACUACAAAAGGUUCAGAGAAUGAUGGUUUCCGCAAAUCCAAAUCAAUGGAGGCUCUCACUAGACCCAAAGAAAAAGAAUGGCGUGGAAAUGGAGAUGGAAAUGAACAAGAGAAGAGAAAAGGUGAAGCCAAGAAGAAUUUAACAAAGGACAAAAUGAAGUUCUCUGCAUUUCUUAAUGAGAUCACUCGCCAGGUGCUCAGCCCAAUGAGACUCACCACUCUUGGGGUCACAGAUGCUCAAAGACCCUGCAGUCCAGGGCAGGGCUCUGUCAGAUCCAGUAAGGCAGACAGUAGCUCCGAAAAACAUAAACAGCAGCAGUACCAGCAUGCCAGUGCAGACUCAAUUAGCUCCAGCAAGCAGUCCCAUAGCAGUAAGCACUCUUCUCACUCUAAAGCCAUCCACCACCAUCAGAGUCACCAUUCUCCAGGCUCACCCCAUAACUUGAAUCACAGGCCCAGAACCUUGUCUCAGACUUCUCACCACAAUUCCCCUUCUCAUAAGCACAGCCACCACCAUCACCAAGGGGACCAUCACACCUCCAGUCAUCAUCACCAUGGUGACUGUUGCCACAACACAUAUUAUCGCCAUCAUCGCAGAGACUUCCACAGCACAGCAAGUCAUCACCAUCACCACAGUCCCUCCCAUGAACAUGGAGAUCACCAUAGCCACACUCAUCACCAUGGUGACCACCACAAAACCUCUCCACAACACAAAGCCCAUGACAACACCUCCCAUCACUAUCACUAUGGGAACCGAAAUCAUAAAGACCAGAGCCCAAAUCAUGAUGGAGAGCAGCACAGUGCACUGCAUUAUCAUCACCAUGGCAACCAUCAUAGCCCUUCUCGUCGCCAUCACCAUGGAGACCGACAUGGCCAUGCUCAUCAUCAUGAAGGUUACCCCUCUCCAACACAUCACCAUGGAGACCAUCACAGUUCAGGUCACCACCACCAUAGCAACCACCAAAACAUUGAAUGUCCUACUACACCAGGUUACCAUGGAAACAAGAGCCUAACCAAUGAACUUGGAGUCCACCACAGUGAACCUGAUCGGCAUCACCAUGGAGACCAUAACAGUCCAGACCAUCAUCAUCACCAUGGCAACCACCACAGUCCAGACCAUCUGCAUCACCAUGGAGACCACCAUAGUGAACCUCAUCCAUAUCACCAUGGAAACCACCAUAGUGAACCUCAUCUCAAUCACCAUGGCAACCACCACAGUCCAGAAAAUCCGCAUCACCAUGGAGACCACCAGAGUAAAUCUCAUCUUCAUCACCAUGGACACCACCAGACUUCAGACCAUUUGCAUCCCCAUGGAGACCAUCACAGUAAAUCUCAUCUUCAUCACCAUGGAGACCACAACAGUUCAGACCAUUCACAUCACCACGGAGACCACAACAGUCCAGACCAUCACCAUCACCAUGGAGAUCACCACAGUACGGACCAUCAGCAUCACCAUGGAGACCACCACAGUUCAGACCAUCAGCAUCACCAUGGAGACCACAACAGUCCAGACCAUCACCAUCACCAUGGAGAUCACCACAGUACGGACCAUAAGCAUCACCAUGGAGACCACCACAGUUCAGACCAUCAGCAUCACCAUGGAGACCACCACAGUUCAGACCAUUUGCAUCACCAUGGAGACCAUCACAGUCUUGAUCAUCAGCAUCACCGUGGAGACCACCGCAGUCCAGACCAUUUACAUCAUCAUGGAGAUCCCCACAGUCCAGACCAUCACCAUCACCAUGGACACCACCACAGUGUGGACCAUCAGCAUCACCAUGGAGACCCCCACAGUCCAGACCAUCAGCAUCACCAUGGAGACCACCACAGUCCAGACCAUCAGCAUCACCAUGAAGACCACCACAGUACGGACCAUCAGCAUCACCAUGGAGACCACCACAGUCCAGACCAUCAGCAUCACCAUGGAGACCACCACGGUACGGACCAUCAGCAUCAUCAUAGAGACCACCACAGUUCAGACCAUUUGCAUCACCAUGGAGACCACCAUAGCGCAGGUCAUCACCAAGGACAUCACUCUGAAUCAAACAUUGAUCUUGACCAAGAUGGCCUUGAUGACCACCAUCCUCAUUUAAAGGGCCAUUCUGCUGGCAGUCCCCCGUUACACAGCAAAGUGGAUUUACCCAGGACCAACAGCAGUCCUUCCAGUCAGGACGAGGAACAGACAAGCUUCACCGGCCCAUCACUACAUAAAGAAAAGCCACAUGAACUGGGCAGAAUCGUGUUACUGCAGGAGCAUAAUGAAGGUCUGCAUCAAACUUUGCUGAAGACAGCAGUGAGGAUGGAGUGUUUAGGAGAGGAAUUCAUGAACAGCCAAAAGCUUCUGGAAACAGAGCUUCAGAUGACACGUGUGGAGCUUGGCAACCUCACCGAGAGGUUUAGGAGACUACACGACCACUGCUCCUCCACGCAACAGAAUAACAAUCUCCUAGAACAAAAGCUUCAUUCAGUGACUCAGAGUAUGGAAGGAGAACGUGAGAGGUUGAACUGGCGUAUUACAGCGCUGACGGAGCAGCUCGCUGAUGCAAAAUUUGCCAACAAAGUGGAAACAUUCAAUGUACACAAAACUGAACUCCAUUUUCAGUCAGAUGAUGUCAUGAAUCAGGUGGUUCUUCCCAUCACCCCCCCACCGGCUCAGUUCAUGGACAGCCAUAACUACGAAAAUGCUAAAGCCGGCGGGCAGGAGCAACCUCUGGGGUCAGUCCCAGAGGAGGAGGAAUCGGACUGGUCGGAGAUGGGUGACGAGACCCCACGAUUUAUACUGACAGGGUCAAACAGAAGUCCAGGUUGGAGAUACAGGGAAGCAGACGGGGACAAAGACAGCGAAGGAGAGGAAAUUGUCAGACAACACUCUCCACGCCCAGUGCAGAUACCUCAUGUCCAGUUCACCAUCCACAGUGAGAAGCGGUCUGACGGCAUGACAGUUGAGGGCACUCACAGGCUCCCCACAAGUCCAACCCUUGGCUCUGCCAUCCUGAUCCGGUCAGCAAGCCUGGAGGAAAUCCCUCUGGCACGCCAUCACAUGCAGGAGGAGCUCAGAGGCACGGAAGCCAUGAUGGACCUCCACCACCAAGGGCAUGAAGCAAUCGAGGAUUUAGAUAAUGAGAUCAUUCAUCACUGGAGAAACAGCAAUGCCAGAGACGUGGCUAUCAGGAGGCCGACAGAGGGCAGGACGUCAGAGGCAUGUGGACCGCAGCUCGUGGAGGGCCAGGGCAGGGCCGAGGUGCAUGGCUGGACAGGAGGGAUACCAGAUGAGGUGUUGAAAGGGGAGCGAACCAAGCUGUGACAGAAACAAGAGUGCAUGGUUCACUGUGUCAGAAGUCCUAAUUUACUUUGAUCUUUAUUUUCAAGGAAAAGUUCAAUGAAGCUCUUUUUAUAGUGGAUUAGUGGCUCAGUCCCUUUAUGUGGUUCAUGUAGAUUUUGAAUUCAAACAGUGAGACUUACUGGAUUCACUUUGAUAGCCUGUCUCUAAUUGAUCCUCCCUGAUCAGGUAACACAUUGGGCUCCCUGAUUUGUUUCUUUUUUGUGACCAAUAGGAGACAAAAACAACACAUGCACAAAUCCACACACACAAACCCACACACAAACAGACAGACACAU